AAAUUAAGAUGCAGUACCAAUUGAUCCAGCCUCAUCAACAAGAGGCUCAAAGUAUUAAGAGUGUGAAUUCAUUUGCUUGGUGGGUUAUCAACUCCAUUGUGAUAUUCCUAAAUGUGUUAACCCAGUUCUAUCUCCACCAAGUGGUAAUCCUUCUUGCCACUCAGGGAGAGCCCCAGUUCCUGGUUCUUCAUGGUAUCCAUAUCGGAUUUACAAUUUAUAACUUCUGGUUCACUGUACUUGGAAAUGUCCCAAAUAACUACUUUGAAGGCUUUAUGUCACUUAUUUCCUUCUUCAUUAGCUCUUACAGCAUUGCUUCAAUGCUUGUAAUGGGCUUCUGGGUGAUGUUUUGGGAGAACCAAUCUCAUGCACAGGCAUUAGCUGUAGUAUUCAUCACUCUUUUCAUCGUUUUUCCAGGACUUCAGUCCCUUACCUACAGAAGAUACAGGAAGGCGAGAAACAUGGACGAUCCAGACACUCCUGAGCCAGAACCAGAGUUGAUCCCAGUCUACAUGCCUGCUGGAUCUUUUGAGCCCAUGAAGCUCCAGAAGAGUCAGAUAAUGAUUUAG